UUUUCGCCGGAAAUGACCUUUUGCCAGUUUGAAAGGUACAAAAUCCACACCGCUGGCGGUAUCCACCAUCCAGAUAUCGGAGGGGGCAUCGGCCGAGAUUUUCCUCCUCUUAUUUAUGCGGGGAAGGUCGCAGGCCUAUGAAUCUAAGGGCUGGGGACGGGCUUACCGCCAGCGAACGUCCCUCCAAUCUCCGUUAGCCAUGAACUCUCUCUCCGCGAAAUCAUCUUCUUCUACCCGCGCUCUUCUGCUCUCUACGGGAUGUUGGGCAAAUCAUCAGCAUCACUGUUGCUGACCUUUGAAUCCGCAGCAUUUAGCCCCCUUUCAUCUGUAGGUUGCUUGUCAGAUGUAUCAAUUUCAACACCCAGUCUGGCAUUGCUUAUGCAGAAGCCACCAUGUGGAGUAAGGCCCCAUGUCCAAACAAAUAUAAAUAGAGAAAGAUGCCGCAUUUUAAGCUGUACAUUGAAAAGGUGGAAGAUAAAUUCAAUUGGUCAAACAGAGGCAGUAGUGCUAGAAGAUGAAGAGAAGAAAACAUGGGAAGAAUGCAAAGGGAUGCUUUCCACAUUAAGUUUUUCAGCUGAGGUGGCAGAUGUGAUGCUUCAGAAAGCAUUUGGAUGGAUCCAUUCACCUUAUUGGGGUGAAGAGAAGAAGAAGGAAGUUCCAAGAUAUGAAAUGGUAAAUGAAGUAUUGGAGUACCUGAAGGGCUUAGGCCUUUCUGAUGAUGAUCGUCACAAAUUACUUAAGAAGUUUCCUGAAGUGCUUGGAUGUGAUCUCAAUGAUGAAGUGAAGACCAAUGUUGCCACACUAGCGAGGGAGUGGGGAAUCAAAGGAAAAACUCUUCGAAAUCUUCUUCUGCGGAACCCGAAAGUUUUAGGCUAUAAUGUGGACUGUAAGGGAGAUUGCAUGGCUAAGUGCACCCGGUGUUGGGUUCGGUUUUAGUAUUUUUGUCUGCAGAUUGGUAUAUACAUUCAUAAUGUUUCGCAGUCAUUACCCAUGCAUUUUGAGUUGACGUUCAGGUAAAAGCUAUGCAGUUUAAAGAUUAAUAUGUAGGAGGUCAAAAGUCAGUAAGCUAAACAUUUUGGAAGGCCUUCUGUAGUUCUUUGCCAUUUACGAUGGAUAAAGAGCACAUUGAUGUUUUA